GCGAAUGUAUUCUGCAAUGCGCUUAUUUACAUUAACCUUUUUUUUGUAACAUUAUAAUUUAUAAAAGAUUAAUGUAGAAUAUAAAAAUAUUUAUUUGUGGUGGAACGAAAACUAUGAUAAAUUUGAAUAUUAAAUUAAACAAUGGAAGAAUCAAAAGAAAUUGAUUACUCUCAAAUAUUGUACAAAUUAACAACAGAUAAAACUGAAGCCAAUGAUUUUGAAAAUAAAUUGGAACAAAUUUUGGACAAGACACUUCCUCUUUUAUCAAAAGAUGAUAAAUGUACAAUAUCUGGUAAGAACAAUAGUGCAAAUGAUUAUGCAGAUAUAAGGUACAAAUAUAUUCAAACUAUUACUUAUGUAUUAAAAAAAAUUCAGACAAUAGAUGAAAUCAAUCAUGACAACUGUAUUAGUGUUCAACAAUAUCAUACGUUUAAAAUUGCAAUAGAGUUAAUAGUAUCAAUAGGAAUUAUACCAUGCUUGUUACCUGGAAUUGGUAUUGAUAUGAAAAAGCUAUGUCCUAGAGCUUCGAAAGUAAUGGAGGAAAAGACAUCUAUUUUACAGAAAUAUGAGAGAUUAUGUUUGUCAAGUCAUUCUCUUAUUGAAUAUUACAAUGGAAGUCUUUUACGGCCAGCUGUUCUUUCUCAACUUGGUCCAUUAAUUGCAGCAUUGCUACAAUUAUCAUAUGCACCUUUAACAAAACCUAAUGAAGAACAAUUACCUUUGAAACAACAAAAUGAAAUGAAUGAAGAACAAUUUAUGAUGACUGUUGAUUUAUACAAAAAAUUACAGAAUGACCAAAAACAAUUUUUAUCUAAAUUACUAACUUUAUUUGAUAAUUGUCCACAAUAUAUGAUUAUGAAGGAAUUGAUGAUUAUUCUGGGAAUUAAAAAAGCACCAAUAUGGAUUCGCAGAAUAACUAGAAAACAUUUAAUUGAAAAAAUUCAACAAUCUAAUGGAAUUGUAUCAUUAAUUACUACCUUGUGCAACGAUACAUUAGAUUUUGGAACUGAUUGGAAUAAGUUAGAUACACUGGCUAGAUUAAUUGCUACAUCACAUGAAGUGGAUAAAAAUAAGUAUUAUGAAGCUAUAUGUCCACAGCUUCUGGAUCUUUUAACAUUAAAACAGAUUAAUCAUUAUUCUAUAAUAGCUAAUAGCUGUAUAAUAGCUCUUUAUGAAAGUAACCCUGAUAUUUGUGAAAAAAAUAUAAUUAAUAUUAUAAUGAAGCCUUUAUUAAUGAGAAGCUUGGAUCAUGAGAAAAAAACAGAAAUAAUAGUACCUGAAUGUGAACUGAACACGUGUAUUGAAAAUCUUAUGACUUGUUUUGCACCAACAGAGGCAAAAUUUAAAACUUUGCCUCACAAACUUAUAUCAGUGAUAGCUAUUCCAUUAUUUUGUAUUCAUAACAAAAUAAGAUCUAGUACUUGCUUAUUAAGAAACAAAGUGAGACAAUUAUUAUUGAAGCUUCUACAAGAAGAAAAUUUGCAACAUGAUCUUUUUUCUGCAUUCCUUGGACAUAAUACAAAAGAAAAUUUUGGACAAUAUAUAUCCAUACAAUUUGGAUCUAAUGGUGGACUUGAAAUUAUUGGAACCAUAAAGAGUUUAGCAUAUGAAGAACUUGCAGAUAGUUUGUUUGACUUAAUAUCUGUUAAUGAAGCACUUAUUACUAAUUUAUUCUCCUGUUUGUUGAAAUCACUAUCAAGUUCUACGAAUUGGUCCUGCAAUAAUACAUUGGAAACAUCUCAUGAUAUAAUAGAACGUGUUGAAAAGCAAUUAGCUGCUAUUAAACUUCUGUCACAUUUGGCAAAUAAAUCUGUUGUUCAAGAAGCACAAUUGAAGAAUCCAGAACCAUUGUUAAAUUUCAUCAAAUCUUUAUUUAACGAGAAAGUAGUUGAAAAUCAAAAUAAUAUUGAAAACGAUGAUCAUGAAGUUAUAUACAUUAGUUUAAUGUUAAUCAAAAUGAUUCUAAGUUCUGAAGGCAAAGUAUUAAAUCGAACAUACUUUGAAUCAUUUGCAAAAUUUCUGAAAGAACAAAUUAAUAACUCUACAAUGCCAUCACAAUUGGUAGUACUGAUGAAGGAAGUAGUUCAAUUCAUUGAAUGCAAACAGCAAUCUAAUCAAAUACAUUAUGAAGAUUUAUCUAUAGAUUAUAAAAAGUAUAAUAAAUUUGAAGAAGCUAUUCGAGAUUUAUCAGAUCCACUACUUCCAGUACGUGCUCACGGGAUCAUAACUCUGACAAAACUAAUUGAGACAAAGGAUCCAUUUGCUGUUGCAAGAAAAGGAAUUCUUUUACGUCUAUUUCAAGAAAAUUUAAAACACGAAGAUUCUUUUAUUUAUCUUGCUGCAAUAAAUGGUAUGUGUUCUUUGGCUAUAACAUAUCCUCAAAUAGUAAUAGAAACAUUAGUUCAAGAGUAUAUUGAUAUGCCUCAAAGAAUUACAAGUGGAGAUAUUUCUGUAGAAAAUAGAAUAAAACUUGGUGAAAUACUAGUAAAAACAACAAGAGGAUUAGAUGAAAUGACUUUGACACAUAAAAAUAUACUUAUUAAUGGAUUUUUAUGUGCUACGCGUGAUCCGGAUCCAUUAGUACGUGCAUCAAGUCUUUCUUGUCUUGGAGAGCUUUGUAAAGUAUUGGGUUUUCGUCUUGGAAAUAUUAUCAUAGAGGUACUCUACUGCAUUAAUUGUAUCUUAGAAACUGACAAAGCACUUGAAUGUCGUCGAGCAGCAGUCCUAGUCAUCACUCUUUUACUUCGUGGUCUAGGAAAGCAUGUUUUAACUGAUCUUAGCAAAGAUUUGCUUAUUUUAUAUCGUAGUUUAAAACAUUUAAGGGAUACUGAUAAAGAUCCAGUUCUACGUCUACAUGCUCAAUUAGCUUUGGAAGAAAUUGAUGAUGUUGUUCAAAGUUUCCUUUUUGCAAAACCAAAACUGGAAAAGACUAUAUUUUUAUUAGAAUAAAUAUAGUUAUUAUUUAAUAAUUAUAUAUGUACUACAAAACACGUAUAUACAAUAUACUACGCAUACGUUGUCUAUAU